GCAAAAUGGCAGCGACCAUGAGCAACGUGGAUGAAAUUCGGGAUAGAGUGAUAUUAGGUGAAUUUGAUGUGAAAAAUGUAAGUGAUUUGAGAUUAUCCAAUAAAAUCAGUUACAUUCAGAUACUGUUUAUGCCCGGAGUUUAUGUGCAGUUUAUAUUGGAAUUAACGGGUAGCUAGCGUUAGCUGGCUAAACAUAAUGUGCAGCUAACGCGUUAGCUAACUAGUACGGUAGAAAAUACAACCCAGUUCUCACACACAGCAUCUUUCUCAUGAAAUAUAUGCUGUAAUUAAUACGCCAAUACAUGAGUUGAUCUGCGACGCAUAAAUACUUUUAAAUUGUUCAAAUGUUUCCAGGUUCAUACAACAGAUUACCCUGGUAAUUAUCCAGGCUACGAUGACACAUGGAAUUUGAAGAAAUUUCAAAAGGUAUCUAAUUUAGCUAGCUAAUAUACAGUAUCGUCUUAGCUAACUAUUAUCAUGCUGGUCUAAUUUUACAUUCAGGUUUGUUAAAUGGAAUGCCCAUAAUACACUUUUCGUCAAUAUUAUGUAUCUAUUGCAGAAUUUCAGAAUCGACGUGGUGCAAAUGGAUGAGACUUCUCUGGAGUUCGACAUGGUGGGCAUAGAUGCUGCUAUCGCCAAUUCCUUUCGAAGGAUAUUACUAGCAGAGGUAACUACUACUCAAAUAGCGUCCUGGCAAUAAAAACAUAUAAUAAUAAGUGCUGUUUAUGUUUUUGGAUGGUACAUAGCAAAAUAACAUGGAUAAAUUCACCCUCUCCUAGGUCCCCACUAUGGCUGUUGAGAAGGUGUUCAUUUACAACAACACAUCUAUCAUUCAGGAUGAGAUCCUUGCCCACAGGCUGGGCUUGAUCCCUAUCAAGGCUGACCCACGACUGUUUGAGUACAGAAACGCAGGUACAUUUAUGCUGCAUACCUUGCUUCCUCUGACAAUGGCAACACAAAGUUCCAAGACUUGUCUUGUAGAGGGUCACCGCCAACUACAUCAGUUUUGUUUAAGGCAUUUGUGCUUUUCUCAGGGGACGAAGAAGGCACAGAAAUCGACACAAUUCAACUUCAACUGAAGAUCAAAUGCACCAGGAACCCCAGAGCCACCAAAGACUCCGCUGACCCCCGGGAACUUUACCUGAAUCACAUGGGUAGGUAAGGCCGUGGACUAGGGCCAGCUCCAGGCAUAAACCGUCGCUUAGGGCUUCUGGACGCUAAGGGGCCCCAUUAAGAAGUCGGUCGUAGUCUCAAUUUACUGUUGAGUUAGAAUAUUAGAAUACACAAGGUGCACGUUUGAAAUGUGGUUGUGCAUCAGCAGUUUUUAUCUUGUUUUGUCAGUCACUGACAGUCACUCAAUUAGCCCAUGUCAGCUAACUAUUUUUAGAUUGGUAAGUUAGUCUUGCCAGUUAUCUAAACUUGUAGUAAUCAUUGUCGAAUACUGCCCCUCCAGGGGGCCUCCAUUGAUUUUGUUAGUCACUCUCAUAUGAUUAACAUGGCAUAAGUCAUGGCAGUGUGUAGAAUUGCAGGACAUUUGCUUUAAAACUGCAAAAAUGUAUCUGCCCCAUGGUGAAAUUAGUAGAAUUAUAUUACAUUGAUUAUACAAUUUCAAAAUUUUUUCAUCUCAGUGUACUCUAAGGACAUGAAGUGGGCUCCUAUUGGGAACCAAGCUGAUGUGUUUGCAGAUGCCAACAUCGGUCCAGUACAUGGGGAUAUCCUUCUGGCACAGCUCCGGCCUGGACAGGAGCUGGAUAUAGUCAUGCACUGUGUGAAAGGCAUUGGUGAGAGGACUUUCUCUGCAAAAUGUUAUAAUGUCUGCACAAUGGCAAUCUCAGAUUACAGUUGAACCUUUCUCAAGCCCUGUAACAAGUAAAUUCUGAUAUCCGUCCGAAUGGACGGUGGGUGGGUAAACACUUGUCCAAAAUAAAAAUAGUUUACGUUCAUUUACCAUCGCUACACCAUUGCCUGUAGCUACAGCUCUCCGUCAUAUUCUGUUGAAAUUAGUGAUCUUUCUUAUCUGAUGGCAAUGCUAUGCUCUAUGUUUCCAGGUCAAGACCACGCCAAGUUUUCACCUGUGGCUACAGCCAGUUACAGACUCCUUCCUGAGAUCACACUAAUGGAAACAGUGGAGGGGGAGAAAGCGGAGCGACUAAAACGCUGCUUCUCACCUGGAGUCAUUGAAGUGGAGAACCAUGGGGGUAAAACAGGAGCUAUAACAUUUUGAAGCAUUGUCCUUAGCACAUACUGAAAUUGUUAUUUUACUGUAGCUAUUUAAGUUCCAUGUAGUUAAUAAUUCUGUAUUCUGUCCCAGGAAAGGUUGUUGCCAAGGUGGUGAACAGUCGCUUAGAUACAUGCAGUAGGGAGGUUCUCCGACAUGAUGACCUCAAGAACGCUGUGAAGCUUGCAAGAGUGCGGGACCAUUUUAUCUGUAUGUACCCAGUGAAUUUAGAAAUCACUAUGUUGCUGCUUGGCGAAUUUGUGAAAUGUACAGUCAUAAUGUCUAGGAGUACAUAACCCAUACAGUGUUUCCCCCUAUAAUGUUUUUUGCAAGGGUUGCGGGAAGGGGGUUGGGGGAAUUCAGACUUUAGAUUUUGUCAAUUUUUUUUAUAGAUUAAUUUGUAGGUUCACACUUUUAAAAACUAUUUUUUUUUACAUAGAACAUCCAGUUUUGUUGUGUAUCUAUGUACAUAAGAAUGUUAAAACCACAUCAGGAGACCGCUUUUGAGGUCUGGGAAACAUUAACAAAAUUUUAACUUUUGCUUUAGUUACCCUUUAAUUCAAGUGCACAUGAACAGAUCUUUUUUAUUUGGUUAGCUGUGUGUCUAGCACACGUGAUGGAGUUUGCAAAACAAAUGCCCACUGGAUUGAUGCAAAUAAUAAUGAUACCAUUCUGCCAGGUAGGUAGGCAUAGGUUACUUUGUAGCUAGUUAACAUUUUAUUGAGAAGGUUUUUGGGAAAGCCUUUCCAUCUAUCAGAAGACUGCUCAAUAGCAUUGCUAUAUUAUUUUCCUGUUCCAUAUUUUGUUGUGGCGGCAACAAUUUAGCUCCGCCGCUGCUAAAUGAAUACAGGGUAAACACUGAUCAUAUUGUGUUGCACUGUAGAAGCUAAUUGUUUUUCCUCAGUGAUUCUAGUACUUUAUUUGUUUAGUAUAGUUUGGUAUUCUGUGCAUGAGCACUGUCAUCAAUCCUGUGUUUCCUCUUUCCCAUACAGUUUCUGUAGAAUCCACUGGCAUCCUGGCACCUGAUGUCCUUGUAACAGAGGCCAUCAAAGUUCUCAUGACCAAGUGUCGGAGAUUCCUCAAUGAGCUCGACUCCACAGAGAUGGAAUAAGAGCUAUUAAGUUGGACCAAAUGUAAAUACCCACUACAGGGGUUGGAUAUAUAUAUAUGUGUGUGUUGAGCCGGUGUGCAACAUGCUUUGGACAAUAGAAUACAACACCAGUUAGAAUAGCAGAAACACUGUGAAUGCUGAGGAUGCUUUUAUUGUUUUAUUACCAUCCUAGAGUAACUUGACUUUGGAUUCCUUUGUUCAAAUAUGUACCCAGCAUGAGACUUUGUCAUCCUCAAAUAGUUGUGCUACUUAUAUAUUUUGUAUUCUGAUUCAUGCUUAUGUCACUUGCAAAUCCUUAUGGCUCACCCAUGUCAUUGGCCCAUUUGUAGAAUUCUGCCUGAAUUCUGCCCUUUUGAGUAUAACCUUUAUAAGAAAAAUGGGUUGAAGUCUUUACUGAAUGAAGAGGGAUUUAGAACUCAUUUGUCCAAGACAGGAUCGCCUGUUCUCAGCCAGGUGCACAGUUAUGUGUUGUGAAAUGUAUGGACUUGUUUCAUGAAACAAUAAAGGUAAAGCAUAUUACAUUUUACUCUAAAUA